CUUGCUCGGUGCUCGCUGCUCCUUCCUUCUUUUUCCAUCUCUCACCAUCUGGCUGCUCUUUCUUUCUUUGGCCGUCAGUUAACCGCCGAGUGCUAACUGGUGAACACGCGCGCGCUGACCUGAGCCGCAGGUGCGCUUUGUUUUGUAGAAGUUUUUUCUCAAGUUUUUCGCUCACAAUGGCCACGCGCACUGUUGUGACGAGCGGCACCAACAACAACCAAAACACGGCCGACUUGGCGGACAAAAAUAAGAGGCUGGCCUACAACAUGUACCGGGGGAUGCUCACCCAGUUCUACCCGCAGGCCAACGCCAUCAUCGAGCAACUGCCCCAGGAGCGCGUCUCCUACGACCAGGGAGUCGACCGGCAGAUUUUGGAAAUGAUACAACAAUCGAGUCAAAUAUCUGGUGGGGCCAAGCGAGGGUCCAACAUGUCAGGUGAUUUGGGUGGAGGGCCCGGAGUGCCACCUCCGCCACCGCCUCCUCCACCCCCGAUGCCCGGUCCUGGAGCACCAAUGGCAGCCAGACCUAGGCCCCCACCUUCUUCCUCUUUGGAGCCUCCAGCGGCCAUCCAGGUGGCCAUGAUGGGCCAGAGCAAAGACAAAAAGCCCUUCACCUACACCCCCGGGGGCAUCGACCUCUCACAAAUUAAAAGCCCUCGCAUGGCGCGUCGAAUUUGCCGCAAUGCUGCCAACGAAGGGGUCUCCGGGCCGCCUCCACCGCCUCCGACCAACGGCCAGCAAGCGCCACCUCCGCCGCCAAUGGCGAUGCCCAUCCUGCCACCCCAAGUGGCCGUUCCCGUGCUGCCUCCGCCGCCCCCAAUGCCUCAGAACAACCACCGACCGCCUCCGUCCCCUCAGCAAAUGCGGCCCCCGCUGCCCCCUCAACAACAGACGCGGCCCCCGCCUCUACAGCAGCCUUCCUUGGCUGAGGUGAUGAAAGCGUCCCUGCCGGCGCAACCCCCAUCCUCUCCUCAGCCCCAACUGCAGCAGAGGCCACCCCCGAUGCCUCAGGUGGUCAGAGCACCGGCACCGCCUCCGCCGCCUCCACAAUUGGUUCAUCAACAGCCUCCACCGUCACCUGUUCCUCAACAGGUGAGACAUGAGCCAGUUCGGGCCUCUCCGACUCCGACCCAGUAUCAGCAGUCGUCCCCACAAAUGACUUACCAAUCGCCUCCGCCGCCCCCUGUUCCACAACAGGUGCGAAAUGAGCCAAUUCGAGCUUCCCCGACUCCGAGCCAGCUUCAACAGCCACCCCCGGGUACACUUUACAUCCCUGUGGUGAUGCAUCAACCCCAACAGCAGCAGCUGCCGCCGAUUCAGCCUGCCUCUGUGGCGCUGAACAAGACGCAGAACAUGCCCUGGAUGAACUCGGCCUCGCCGUCUCCACAGUCACCCGUUCCCAUGUGGACCCCGACCAGCACGCAGCCAUCUAACACCAGGGUCAUCCCUAUUCAAAUGGAAGGACGCAAUUCGCCUAUGAACGCCGCUCCACAAAACAGGCCGCAGCAGCAGCAGCAGGGUGGUGCUAACGUCAGGGUCAUCCCAAUUCAAGUCGAAGGCAGAUCGCCAGCAAGCCCACCAGUUGUUACUAGCCCCGGAGUGCUGUCUCCUCGGGCUGGUGGUGGUGGUUGGGCAUCGCCUGGUCCAGAUAAUCCAACACAGUCUCGGUCAUUCAGGGUCCUGCAGAGAAUCACUUCCUACGACGAGGUAGAGGCCGAGCCACAAGCGGCGCCAGUCUCUCACUCAGGGCCGCCCCCUCCCGCUCCAAUGCAGCAGAUGAAGAAAAUGCAGCUCUCAAAUGAUGACAAGGCCCUGAUGGAUCGUUUCAAAGCACAAGAAAAAAUGACAAACGGCCAUUCAAACGGACUGAGAGCUGCAGUAGUAAAGGAGCUGACGAACGGUCACAAAAUUAAUGGCUUUGUUGACGAAGACUCGUCUUUACACGCUGAGGCUGAUCCUAGAUACAGAGGUGCGGCGAUUCCCUCCAGGGCCUUCAGAAUGCUACAAACCAUGACAGGGCCUGAUGGAAACAAUAUACCUGCUGACGGCUAUGCUCAAGCGCAAAGGAUGCCCGUUCAGCAGACUAGAGUAACGUCAGAGCUUUACGUGCCACCCUCAGAACAGGGGGCGCAACCCGAGCCUCGCAAAUACACUGGAAGUGCAAUCCCCUCUCGGUCCUUUAAAAUGCUGCAAGCCAUGACAGGGACAAAUCAAGACGAAAACGGCUUGGCAUAUAGCGAAGCACCUGCUGAGGCCAUGUAUUACCCUAACCAAUCUCCUUGCCCCUCUCCCUAUUCCUGGUACUAUCCUCCAGAGGGGAGCUCUGGCGACCCUGUCUGGGACUCAUACAUAUACGCUUAUUACCAAACAUAUGGGCAAUACCCUCCUGGAUAUUAUUAUCCCAACGGCUAUGAGUCGGAGGAAUUUUCUGGCUACUCUUCCACCGAGGAAAUGGGCUAUUAUGACCCGCACCAAGCGGCGGCCUAUUACGCCAGCCAACAAGAAUCGCAAAGUGAGUCGGACAAUCAGGCUGCCUCCACCACAGACCAGGACCAGAACUCGUCGGAUGAAAGUGAAGACUCGGAAACUGAAGUUGAGGACAGCGACGAAGAGGAAAACGUAGAGCCAAAACGGUCAAGCAGCGGCGCGAUACAAGCAAUUAAAUCUGUCACUGACGUAAGAGUGAUCACCACAGAUGAGGAUGACAGUAGUGAGCCUGAAGAGGAGGCGACGAUAAAACAGCCCGACAGUAGCAAUUGCUCCCUGGGAAGUAAACAACUCAGCAUUAUUUACGAAGAGAGCGACGUUUCAGAUGCAGAAAGCAUGAGGAGGAUGAAUGGAGGAUGGAAUCGGAAUAAAUCGUGCCCUGAAACAGAAUCAAGCGAGGGAGAAACUGAGGACGAGUACCCAAAUACUAGUGCAAAGGAAGAGGAUGAUGAUGAUGAAACUAGCACAGAGGAGGAGUCUGACGAGAAGCAUGUCAUCGGAAAAAGCGUCACCCCGAGCGAAUCAAGAACCACGGUGAUCGACACUAAGGAAGAAAGUGAAGAGGAGGAAGAAGAAUCUGAGGAAGAAGAGUCUGAGGAAGAAAUUAAAAUUCCCUCCAGGCCUACUCAAACCAAAAAAGAAGAAAGUGAGGAAGAGGAGUCUGAAGAAGAGUCUGAGGAAGAAGAAAAUAUCAUAAAGCAACAGACAGCAAAAAGUAAAAACUCAUCUGAAUCAGAGGAAUCGGAAACAGAAGAAGUAUGCCUAAAGGCAGUAAGGCCCGUUCUUUGCAAAGAUGAUGAGGAGGAAGAAACCAGUGAUGAAGAACCGUGUGAUAGAAAACUGAUGAAUUCUUCAACAGUAGUUGAAAUAUCCAAAGCAGAUUCCGCAGAAAUCAGGGAAGAGUCCGAGAGUGAAGAGGAGAGUGAUGACGAGGCAAACGCCACGGUAACCGUUCGUCUUCCCUUAAGAAUCAAAAUAAGCCCCAGCAGCACUAACUGUGGACCGGUUGCCACUUUGACCGUUGGCAACAGCGAGGAGGUGCAGAGCUCCGAAGCAAAGGCAGCUGCAAAAGUUGAAGAGUGGAUGCAAAGGAGCGAGUCAAAUGCGAGCAUUGGCAGCAGUCCUGAAGUUUCAAUUUGUCUCUCAUUGCCUCUGAGAAGAAAUCCAGCUCCUCCACCUGAAAACGAGGACAGCCACUGGGAGGAUGACUCGAGCAGCACAAGCAUUCAAACGGUGCGCCACAGAAGGACGAGUGCCUGCAGCAGCAUUCACAGUAUUGCCACCAAUCAUCAAGUGUCAACCCCACCUGUAGAUAGUGACAAGGAAAAGUCAGACGACUGGGACACUAGCAGUCCGGCGCAACCUCAAAGUCCGGCUAUCAAAGAGGAACAGCCCAAAAUUGUGGCACAACAGCCCGAGGAAAAGCCGAAAAGGUCAACUUCCUCAACGACCUCUGCCUGCGAGAAGAGAUCGAAGCGAAACAAGAGGCGCAGCUCGACGGAGGAUGAUUCAGGAGUGACCGACCUGAGUCGCCAGAUUUCAGAUAGCGAGUCCGAAGUCGGUCUGGAUCUCAUGCUGGCGUGCCAAAGGGCCGCGACGCACUCUCGGCUCUUUAAGUUGCUGCAAGACGCUGGCGUCUGCAGUGACGAUGAGGAGGACGAAGAGGCAGAGGAGAGUGACUCCCAGCAGCAGCAAAAGGAGAGUUUAGAUGUCGUGAUAGUGCCGGUUACUAAACCGGACGCAAAGCCCAAACGGGACACCCUUCGCCUACCUCUGCAGGCCGAGGUCUGCGACAGCAGUAGCCUCAGCAGCUCCGAAAUAACAUCUCCAGCCUCACCGACAGUGGCCGCUAAGCUUGUCCGUGAACUCGCCAAAGAGUUGUCUAAAAAGAAGGGUAAGAAAAGCAAGUCAAAUCGCAUCCACGCCACCGCCCUGCGAAUCAUGAAAGAGGAGGACAAUGACCCCUACGACACAGGCACCACUGGCAGCUCGGCCUCUUCUGACAGCGGAGGUGCAAGACCGUCGCCCUUGCAGACGCAGCAACCGCCCAUGAUGCCGCAGUACUACCCUGCCUACCCUCCACCACACAUGUACGGCCCUCAUUACUACGACUAUGUCGAUUACUACAAUUCUUGGGGCAUGAUGGACCCCAGAGAAUACGCAGCCAUUCCCGCCAGGGCGUACCGCGUGCUCUCGCAGCCAGGGGCAGGUCCCUUGGAAACUCAGUUCGCCAAAUGCCCUCGGAUCAGGCCGUUUGUCCAGUCCCCUCUCGUUCCCUCUCAACCCUCUCCCACCCCCAACUCGCAAGCGAACAAUUGUAAUUCGGCCUCAUGAACCGUCUGAAUUGCUCUUCUCUUUCUCACUCCAAUUAUUAAACCCAGGUGCGGGUCACUACUCAGAUUUGUAAUUCUGCAGAGAUGGCUGGCGCUUUGACGAAAAGAUGAAGCUUGAGGAAAAUUUUCCGAAAAAAAGAAUGUCAGCAGCCACGUUUGAGGAAGAAUUAUGAUUCGCAGAAAUUUAUAGAAUUGUAAAUAUAUGAGUUUACAAAUUAAGAGAUAUGUGAAAAUUUGUGGAUAUACCUGCCAUAACAAAAAAAGAAGAAGAUGCCCAUGCGUAUGAGCUUUUAAUUACGUGCAUUUUUGUCUAGCAGCAAUAUAAUUAUUGUUUCAAGUUUUCCGCCUGUAAUAAAACUAUAUAAUUCUGCAAGACCACUACACGCUCUCGAUUUUGCCGACGACGUUGUAUCUAUCUCUCUUUAUUUUCCGUUGUAUACUUUUUUUUAACUAACCAAUGACGAGGAGGAAAUUACCAAGAUAUUUAUAUUACGAUUUUUCAUGAACGUGCAUUUUAAUAAUAUCAUGAAUGUGUGGAAUGCAGACAUGGAAAUUUUAUUGAUGUUGCGGUACUUAAAUAACUUUACAUGUAUAUCUUCUUGUGUGCUUAAUUUUUUGCCAAUUUCAAUUUUGUGAUCAAAAGAUGAGUAGAUGAAGUUUUUUUUAGUUACGAGCUUAGCUACUUUCACGUUUUGUAUUAAUGAAUAAAUAAAAGAUGGACUUAAAUAAUUCUAAAA